AUGGCAGUGCGUGUGACGGUGCGGAAUGCGGUAUCUGGGGACAUCCUCCUGGAAAGUGCCUUUGACAGACUAACCAAGAUCGGGACCCUGCGGAGACAAGUCAUUGCCCUGCAAGACGUGAAGACGGAGUUUUCCAGCGUGCGACUCUUGUUGGCUGCGUCUUGCCUGGGCGAUGAUGUAACUCUGGCGGCCUGUGAUCCGGAAGGCACGGACAGCCGGGACGUGAGACUGGAUGCGGUUCAAUGCGUUAGCCCUCUGUUGGCAGCCGCGUGCGAUGCUGGACUUGCCAUGGUGAACAUUGACACCUUGAACUACUUCUCUGUUGCUCAAGAUGACCGUCCCGUGCGAUCAGUAGCGUUCUCACCGGAUGGCACCACACUGGCGACGGGAUCCGAUGAUGCCACGGUGCGGCUCUGGGACAUUCCCUCGGGCUUGUCAUGGCAAAGGACUCUAAAUGGUCACACCAGCACUGUGUCAUCUGUGGCCUAUAUCGACAAGAGCCGUUUGGUCACGGCGUCUUACGACGAGACGGCCAAGAUUUGGAACUUAGACACCGGUGACUGCCUGGCCACGUUGCUGGGCCAUACCUUGCCGGUGAUUUCUGCGCAGCCGUCGCUGGACAAGAUGAUGAUAGUGACAAGCUCGGAUGAUGAAACCUCAAGAAUCUGGAGCACCAGCGGUCAGCAUUUGGUGACACUAGCAGGGCAUGAACACUUCGUGGUGUCUGCGGUCUUUUCCCCGGACCAAAGGUCCGUCCUCACGGCGUCUUUGGAUUGGACUGCCAAGACUUGGGACUUCAAAAGCGGCGCCUGCCUGGUGACCUUCCGAGGCCAUGCCUCCUUCGUGCACGAGGCAACUUACUCGCCGGACGGCUCUCUGGUUCUCACGGCCUCGGAGGACGAAUCCGCCAAGGUGUGGCACGCCGAGACUGGCCUUUGCUUGCAGACCUUGGCCACCCACGCGCGAGCGGCCUGCCUGAUGUCGGCGCUUUUCGUGAAUGGCCAGGUGGUGGUGGGCAGCUUCAACGGCUAUAUCCAUCUCUAUUCCAUGGAUGAUGGAGAACCGGAGGUGGCUUCGACGCUGAACCUCCGCAAAGGCAGCAUCAACGGCCUGGCCAUCGUGCCGGACAUCGGCUUGAAGCUGAAUGCCUGCGAGACCUUGAAAAGGAUCCAGUUUGUUCGCAUCUUGCCAGCAGCUCUUGCAUCCCAGGCCAUCCUGGCCUUGUGCCUGUGGUCAGCAGAUGCCACGCCCAUGCAGAAGGUCAUUGCAGCCCUGGACAGCAUGCUGACGAAGAGCAAAGAGGAGAUGCAAGAGGAGAAGGUGCAGUUUGCCAAGUUCGACCAGUUCUGCAAAGACAACCUGAGCAACAAGCGGGCGUCAAUCAAGGACACCAAGGAGCAGCUGGAGAGCGUGGCGGCGCAGAUUGCGCACCUGGAGAGCGAGGCUGAGCGCUUGGAAGCGGAGAUGUCCAGCCAUGAGGCCUCCAUCGAAAAGGCCAAGGCCCAGGACGUGAACGCCACCGAAGUGCGGAAGGCGGAGGAGGCCGACUUCGCGGCGAGGAGCCAAGACCUGAAAGAGUCUAUGGUCGCCAUUGAGAAGGCUCUCAAGGAGCUGAAAGCACAGGACUACGACCGGCCGCAAGUGGCGAAGAGUCUGGUUCAGGUGCGCUCAUUGACAUCCCUCUCCAGCGCGGAGUGGGACUCUGUGGCCAAGGCGCUGGCGGUGACGGGCGCCUUCAGCGACAAGCCGAAGGCGGAUGCCUAUGAGUUUCAGUCCUCCAAGGUUGUGGACACUUUAGAGACCCUGAGGGACCAGUUCGCCAACCAGAGUGCCGAAGUGGAGAAGGCAGAGGCAGCCAAGAAGCACAGCUAUGAGAUGCUGAAGGGGAGCCUCUCGCACGAGAUUGACUUCCAUCAAAAGGCCUCGGAGAAGAAGUCCGGCUUCAAGAACUCGGCUCUGGGCCGCAAGGCGGAGGCUGAGGCCAAGAAGACGGACGUGGAAGCGGACCUGGCGGCGGACCUGAAGUACACCAGCGACCUGGACACGGAGUGCAAGGUCAAGGCGUCGGACUUCGCAGAGCGGCAGCGUGUGCGGGGCGGGGAGGUCCAGGCCAUCUCCCAGGCCCUCGAGAUCCUGCGCACCCCCGGCGCCUUGGUGCAGCGGUCCACUGGUACCUCGCUGGCGGCGCUGCGUAUGGAAGGCCGCCGUCGGGCUGCGCCGGAGGCGCUGAAGUUUCUGCAAGGCCGCGCAGAGGAGCUGAACAGCGCGUCCCUGCGCCGGCUGCUGGCGACUUUGCAGAAGCAGCUGGCGCCAGAUGCCACUGCAGCACCGCUGGAGAACUUGUCAACAAUGCUCAAGGACCUGCUCCACAGGAUGCAGACGGAGGAUGUGGAUGAUGAAAGCCAGCAGGCCUGGUGCAAAGACGAGCUAGCAGGCAACGGCGAGACGAGGGAAACCAAGGGCGCAGAGGUGGAAAGCCUCCAUGCGGAGAUCGAGCGCCUCACGGUGUCCUUGGUGCAGCUGGCGGAAGAGAACGAGCAGCUGGCUUCCGAUGUGACCAAGCUGGAUCAGAGCAUAGCAGAGGCUGCCGCUAUGCGCCAGGAGGAGAAGACUGCGAACCUCAAGAGCUUGCAAGAAGCACAGGAGGGCAAGAAGGCGGUGGCUGCGGCCAUCGAAGUGCUGGAGGACUUCUAUCAGAACAUGGGGGGCGCAUUGGUGCAGCUCAGGAAGGCCAGCUCCAAGGACAAGGCAGCUGUGAUGAAGCCGGAGUUUGCCACAGGAACUUACGGCGACAGCGGCCAGAGUAGCAUCAUCGAAAUGCUGCAGACGGUCCAAGCGGAUUUUGCUCAGGAGGCCAUGGAACUGGAGGCCGCAGAGGCGGCGGCCAGCAAGGAGCACCGGGCCUUCAUCUCCGACUCCAAAGCUGACAAAGCCAAGAAAGGCAUCACCCAGCAGCACAACACCCAGACGAUCGCAUCGCAGAAGAACUCCCUGGAGCAGAGAAAAAAGGAUCUCGAGUCGACCCAGAAGCAGUUUAUAGCUGCAAAGGAUUACUAUGAGGAGUUGAAGACGAAGUGCGUGAACUCGGGCACCCGGUUCGCGCAGGCUCGCAAGAAGCGGGCCGAAGAGAUCACCUCCUUGCAGAAGGCUGUGGAGAUCCUUAGCAACGUUGCUUAG